UUCCUAAUUUCCCCCAUGACCCUCAGUUCUGACCCUAGGGUUUUUCCCCCAAGACGUUCCUCUCUAAUCGCCUCCCAUCCGAUAUCAAGGUUUUAAUCUUGAACCCCUUGAUUUUCUUCAAAUCUUUUUCAAAAAUGGUGACGAUCUUCCGUUAUAAUGGCAACUACUCUUGCCUGAAUCAUUCUAAUCAUCCAAUGGUAAAGAUUUUACCUUAUAAUGGCAACUAUUUUUGCCUGAAUCAUUCUAAUCAUCCCCUUCAACAUCUUUCAAAAUCAAAGGUACAUUUUUCUUUUAUUCUUCUUUUCAUCGAUUAUUAUUAUUAUUUAGGUUAGGUUUUUAUUAUAUCAAAUGUAGAAAUCCCAGUUCUGAAACCCUACGUUUUCUUCAUUUUUUUUGAACAAUUCGGUAUUUGGACAUGUGUGUCAUGCUUCUGAUCUGUCAUUGCAAUUAUGCAAGUGUAUGUAUAUAUGAAUGGCUAACAAUCAUUAAUCGGUCGUCUUCAUAUAACCCAAAUUCUGCCCCCUUUGAAGCCACCGCUUCGAAUCCUCAACCGUACCCACCUCACAAUUCGGCUCGGUCGUCACAUUCACCAAACGAAGUCUAAGUCGAAAAGGCAAGUGCUACAUUCCUCGCGUUGAAGAACCAUGGAAGGAAAAAAUCUCAUCUAUUUGAACGAUAUUGACGGCAAAACAAGAACUUUAGAAUAAAGGUAAAAGUGGUUAGGCUAUGGAAGAGAUCAAAUCCCAAAAAGAUUGGUGAGACAUGGGCUAUUGAUAUGGUGCUCAUGGAUGAAAAGACUUUAUUGGGUACGCCGAGGAAUGGUUUCCACGGGAGGAUACAACAACACGAUAUGGCAAACAAUCCUACAAGAUGGACUUAAUAUUGAGAGAUUUGGAGUUUGUCUUCCUUUAAUAUCGUUUUCUUAAUAAUUUUCUUCAUACUGUAUUGAUUAUUGUUCGCUAAAUUAAUAACAAUUUCAGGGGUAUUGCUCUAAGGUUGACAUUGUGAGAGGAAUAUUGCGACCAAAUGCAAGAGUACAUCUCCAAAAAUAAGGAAGAAGUAAGUGUUGUACUUAUUGUUCAGUUUGAUAGCUUCCAUGACUACAAAGGCAACAUCAAUGUCGCAAAUGCGUACUACAUUACUAAGUUGUUCAUCAAUGAACGCAAUAAAGGGAUUGUUAAUUUCAAAAGAAGUUACAUUGGAAAACUUCUGUUACAACAUCAUCGACUCAUCGUUCUGCCAGCCAGUCUGGGGUCACAUCUAAUGAAGACGAGUUCUUACAUAAGACUUUUUCUCAGCACCAUUGGUCAGAUUAGGGAAACUGCUCAGGUUAUGCAUGUUAUUGUUGUUGGUACUUUGAAGGUUGUAGACAAAGAUAGCGAAUGGUAAUCUUGGUUGUGAAAGUUGUAAUUGCAAAGCUUCCCCAAGUUUGAUAUUCCCGGAAGAUGAUAAGGGAAGUGAUGUUGACCCAAAAGAAGUUUUAGUAUGUACUAAUAAUGAUUGCAAAAGAGAUGUCCCUCACAUGUAUUCAAUCAACAUAUACAAUUAUUAUAUAUAUCUUAUUAUUCAACUACAAUAACAUAUCCGAUAAUUUGCUA